AAGCAUAUUUCUUGAUUGUUACACAAAAGUUGUUUUUGUUUUGUGUUGUUUUGUUUUGUUUUGUUUUGGACAAGACAAAGUUCUCAUGCCAAACCUAGUCUGUUUGUUCCUGAAGGAAGCCAUCAUGCCCUGCAGCUUCAGUCCUUACCAUGUGCCGUCUGCAGUGCCCAACACCGCACAUUCCAGUGAGCCGGGACCGUCUAGGAAAACCGCAAAGCUCCUUCAGGAAAACAGUUCUAUAGACAGUAGAAAACAAUCAGUCUUCUCUUUAACGAUUUCUUCAAAGUACUUCUGGAAAACAGCCACUCUGAUGUCUACCCUAGAUUCUAAGGAUUCCAUUAGAUUUCUUACUACACCGGUUGCUAUCUGGACUUCUUCACCUUUGGUUAUGGAUGCAGCCAGCUACCUUGUCUUACCUUUGCUCUUGUCCCUUUGUGCGCCACUGACUCUUACAGGGUCUCACUGUGUAGCCCUGGCUGUCCUGGAACUCACCCUGUAUACCAAAGUGAUCUUGAACUCAGAGAUUCUGCCUGCCUCUGCCUCCUGAGUGUGAGCCACUAAGCUCAGUAGCCCAAGCUCCCCUCAGACUCUCCAAAUCAAAGAACCCUGUCCUAGUUUUCCUGAAUCUCUGGGGCUCCAGCUUUGCCUAUGGCUGCUUUAUUGACUGACUUUGCCCCUUACCCCCGUGUAUUUGACACUGCUUCAUCCAGCUCAACUUCUCAAAAAAAUAAAGAAAAAUCGAUCCUUUUUUUCUAGCUCCCAGUAACAGAGUUGACUAGUGAAUUCAAAGCCAGUUUGCAGUUUGGGCCAUAUACUGAGAUUACCUCAAAAAUUGUUUUAAAAAUGCUGGUCAUAGACCACAGAGAUAGCUCAGGGGGUUUCAACACCCUGUGCCAUCAACACAAUGACAGGCAUUCAAUUCCUAGGACCCACUUAGUUCAAGGAGAGCCAAGUCCCGCAAAUGGAUCGUUCACUUCCCACACCUGCACCAAAUAAGUGUAGUAAGUCUUGUGUUUUGCGAGACAAGGUCCCACUAUUUAGCCUUGACUGACCUCCAAGCCACAGAGAUCCAACUGCCUCAGCUCCUCCAUGCUGGGAUUGAAGGCAUGGGCUGCCACAGUCAGCUACUAUUCUUAAAGAAGAGCUGGUCCUUUUAUUGCUUCCAUUUGACACAUGAAGAAAUGAUGUGACACAGUCACGUCCUUAGGUCAGGCAGCUAAUAACAGAGUCAAGGCAGCAGUGAGAUGCCGGACCUGGUACAAUGUAUACUGAGGUCUCUCCAGUUGGCAUUUCUCACGGUGGUAGUGCUGUCUUUAACAGUUGAUGGACCCCAGGGAUCUUUCUACAACUAAGUCUGUACAACCUGUAGUUGAGUCAAUCCGCGAAGUUUUUAAAGAUGUCACUGUUGAUUACUCAUAUCCUAGCAUUCCGGAGGCUAGCUUAAGUCAUCAGGCUUGGCUGCUUUACCUGCUGAGCUGUCUUAAAGCCCCACCCUUAUUUUUUUAUGCAAAUGUAUUUAUAUGAUGUCUUAGGGUUUUAUUGCUGUGAACAGACACCAUGACCAAUGUAAGUUUUAUAAAGGGCACCAUUUAAUUGGGGCUGGCCUACAGGUUCAGAGGUUCAGUCCAUUAUUAUCAAGGUGGGAGCACGGCAGCAUCCAGGCAGGCACGGUGCAGGAGGAGCUGAGAGUUCUACAUCUUUAUCUGAAGGAAGCCAGGAACAGAUUGAGCACACUCUGGCAGCUAGGAGGAGGGUCUCCAAACCCACCCCCACAGUGACACCCUUACUCCAACAAGGCCACACCUUCUAAUAGUGCCACUCCCUGGGCUAAGCAUAUACAAACCAUCACAUAUGAGUUAUGAAGUUACUACCAGAUUACAUUACAGAGUCAGUGACAACGAUCUUGAGAACUGUAGCAAAGAGCUUGGCCAGAUACAUCAAGUCCUAAAUACAUACUUUCCCUUUUUAAUAACCAUAUCUUGUUACAGGUAUAAAUUUCAAACGAUGUUGUACACUUAGCAUAUAUAUCUUACAGGCUUCCAUAUAAAUUAUGACUCAUUCUCCCAAAAAAAUAUUCUCAACAGCAUCUUAAAUUUAAAGGAAGAGCUUGAUCCAGGUUUCAGAAUAAAUAAGCAUGUAUUAAACUGGCCCUAUUGAAGACAAAAUAUAUGUUUAAAGCUUAGAUGUCAAGGGUAACAUAACCUUAGGGUGCAAUUUUCCUGCACGUGUAAUGUAUGCUUGUCUAUUCAUUUGAAACCCCUUUAAUGAGUAACAAGACAGCAGAUUUGUUGACUAUAAUACAAAUAUUCUUGAAUGUACAAAAAGAAAAUCACAUAGAUUCCUCCGUCCACACUCCAAGGCCCAGGGAUCAUAGAGACAUAAAGAAGGCAGGACUAGAGGAUGAGGAGUCCUGUAAAAUGCAGUCACGUAGACAUGACAUUGCACUCGAAAUCAUGAGUUCACAGAGACUGGUUCAAAGACCUGCAUAAGGCAGUUCAUGUCAACAUUCCAGUGUGGGGGUGGGGUACAUGAGGCACCCCCUCUAGCUGAGUAGCUUUUUGGCAGUUGAUAGUUGCUGGGAAAAUGGGAGUUAAUUUUCUUGACUGUAAUGGGUGGAAAGUUGUUCAGGACCUAGUAAAUAACUCCACACUGGUGUACGUGCAAGGUACCCUAAUUAAACUCAGUUAUUAAAACAAAACAUGAGGGGUUGGGGAUUUAGCUCAGUGGUAGAGCGCUUGCCUAGCAAGCACAAGGCCCUGGGUUCGGUUCUCAGCUCCGGGAAAAAAAAAAAAACAAAUGAAAUUAGGAGGGGGGUGUGUUUGGCAGAAGCGUUCCAAAGCAGUGGGAGAGAAUAAGAAUUACAAGGUGAAUAUGAUCAAAAUAUAUGCAUGAACUUGUCAAAGAACAAAAAUUCUUUUUAAAAAUAUUAUAAUGAUUUUAAAAAUAAAAGAGGAGAGUCUGGAGAGAUGGUUCAGCAGUUAAGAGCACUUAACUAACUGCUUUUGUAGAGAACUAGGGUUUGGUUCCUAACACCCACAUGGCAACUAACACCCACAUGUGACACAAGUUCCAGAGAACUGAUCACCUCUUCUGGCCUCUGAGGGCAUUGCACACGUGAUAUGGUACUCAGGCAUAAAAGCAUGAAAAAAAAUCUACAAAAAAUUAAUAAAUACAACUUUAAAAGAAUAAAAGAGGGGCUGGAGAAAUGUCUCAGUGGUUAUAGGCACUGGCUCUUCCAGAAGAUCUGAGUUCAGAUCCCAGCACCAACAUAACAGCUCACAACCACCUGUAACUCCAGUUACAGGAAAUCAGCACCGUCUUCUGCCCUCCUCUGGCACUGUGCCCACAUAUGCACUCAGGCACACACAGACACACCUAAAAUAAGAAUGUUAAAAGAAUAAAAAGGCUAGAGAGAUGCCCUCCUGGUUAAGUGCACUUGUUGAACUUGCACAGGACCUAGGUUCGGUUCCCAUCAGUUCCCAUGGUGGCUCACAACCAUGUAUAACUCCACUCCCAAGGGAUGUGACACUCUCUUCUGACUUACACAGGCACCAAGCAAGAAUGUGGUCCCCAUACAUACAUGUGGGUAAAAGCUUAUACACAUAAAAUACAAAUAUUUUAAAUUUUUGAAAGGCUGAAAAACCUGUUUCUGUAUAACUGGUUACUUUAGCAAACUUUCAGUACUACAGAGUAAGAAGAUUUCAUAUCCUUGUACUGGAGGCUUAGACUUUUUUCAAAACCUACUUUAAUUAGGGUUCUUGAAAGCUUCAACAUCCUUCUAGUCCAACUACCAAGGUAGGGAAAAGAAAGGCUAAUAGGAAUUGAGGGUUAUGGAAGGGUUUAGAAGUAGUUCUUUAGGAAGAUUGGGAUAUCUCUGUGUCAGGAUAUUAGCAGUCCAGUCUAAGACAGCAGACAUGAGUCAGUAGCAGCAGUCCAGUCCAAUGGGCAAACAUCAAACAGGAAUCAGUAGCAGCAGUAGAUCCAGAAGAAACUGAGAGGCGCCACAGAUCAGCAGGAGUCAGCAGAAGUGGCAAGAAGCCACCUGGAUGUCCCAGGAAGUUCUUUGGCAAGCUAGUCCCUAUGGAGUCAAGACAAGCGAAGAUCAGCGACUCAGUGCAAGGCGACCCAAUGCAAGAGCCUUGUCACACUGUCUGUGGAGUAUGUUUAUAUUCUUUCCAACCAUCACACAUCCUUUCCCCUGUCUGCUUCAGAAAGACCUUCUCUCAGCUGUCUCUGCUUCAGCAAAAACAUAUGACGUAACUAAGUCCCCAAAGAAACCAGAAAUUUCCACUUCAAUGUACCUUCUGCAAAAAAAAAAAGGGGGGGGGUGUCAAUUCUUCUCUGGAUUUUGCUACAACAAAAUAAUCUGAAUUACAUGUUGGACUGGGUUUGAUAAAGAAAGCUUGUGGAAUUCAAAGUAGGGGGCAGGGAUGCCAAGUAUAGGAAAGUGACAAUGACAGAGCAACUGAAUGAGGUCAUUCUAUUAUUUCCUUCUCUUUAAGUUACAAAAGUAAUUAUUUAUAGUUGUGGGUACCACGUCAAGUUGUGGGUGUAGAAGUGAGAGGACAAUUGUUGUCUUGGUUUUCUUCUUCCACCAUGUGGAUUCUGGAGGUCGAAUUCAAAUCCCCUGGAUUGUCAGCUAGCAUUUUGACCCGCUGGGCCACCUUGCUGGCCUUAUUCUGUAAUUAGUUAAUGGAGCUGGUUCAGCUUAUCCAGGUGAAACCUUGGAAGACAUUUGCUUUAAUCACUGCUGUCCCUGUUAAGGGCGGGAAUUUUUUCAUAGCACCAUUUCUAAAGUGUAGAAGAAACACAAGCAGCUAUUUGUCCCAAACACAGACUUGUUUGGGUUGGCCAUAGGAUUCCAGGAAAAGUGGAGCAGAAAAGGUGCUAACCCGAGCUAAUACGGGAGGACUACAAGUCCCAUAAUGCCUUGGAAGAAUACGUCUUGGCCAUUCACGGGUUCCCAGACACGCGGACCUCCAGACGCACCAGGUAAACGCAGACAGCCGGGGACCAAGAUGGCUUCUGCUGGCGCCAAAGUGGGUGUGGUUCCCGGGAAAGCCACGCCCCCAGAACGCUACUGCAAUAGGGGCCGCCUUCGUGUCCAUAGCGACGGUGGCGGCGGCGGCCGUCGGCUUGCUUAAGAAGGCGCCGCCGCCGCCAGGAUCUCGGAGCUAGGAGUUAACCCCGAGGGGGAGCGGGCUCCCCCUCGCGACGGCGGGGACAGACAGUCCUGUGGAACGACGAGACGGUCCCCGACGUCCAGCAACGCCCAGGAAGAGCCGCAGCGAACGAGCGGCGGCCAUGAGCGACCAGCUGAGUCCAGCCCCAGGCCGCUAGGGGCAGCUCCAGCAGCCCCUGAGCUCUCCUCAAAACCUCGGGUGGGCAGUGUCUGCCAAUCUGAGAGGAUGGAGCCCAAUGCGUGUAAGACCAGUGAAUCUGAGGAAGAUGAUAUUGAGGAAGAAGAAUCUGAGGAAGAGUGUGUUAGAGAGGAAUCUACCACCCCUAACUCUAGCCAGCAGGCACUUGGAAAGGCUGACUAUAAAGAAUUUGAGAAUGGGGUUGCUUUAUCUGUUGUAGCCAAGAAUAUUCCAAAGAAAAUAUUAAGUACAACAGACACAGAUGAUUUGGAAGUUGGGAGGAGGAAAAGAAAGCGGAAACGAAGACCCCUGGCCAUCAACCUGACCAACUGCAAGUACGAGAGUGUGCGCCGGGCAGCCCAAAUGUGUGGCCUUAAGGAAGUAGGAGAGGAUGAAGAGUGGACUGUGUACUGGACGGACUGUUCUGUCUCACUGGAACGAGUCAUGGAUAUGAAGAGGUUUCAGAAAAUCAACCACUUCCCUGGCAUGACCGAAAUCUGCCGCAAAGAUCUGCUGGCUCGGAACCUCAACCGCAUGCAGAAGCUCUACCCCACUGAGUACAACAUCUUCCCACGCACCUGGUGCCUCCCUGCAGACUAUGGGGACUUCCAGGCCUACGGUCGUCAGCGGAAAACCCGCACUUAUAUCUGCAAGCCAGAUAGCGGCUGUCAGGGGCGUGGCAUCUUUAUCACCAGAACCCCCAAGGAAAUCAAGCCAGGAGAGCAUAUGAUCUGCCAGCAGUACAUCACCAAGCCCUUCCUCAUUGAUGGCUUCAAGUUUGACAUGAGAAUCUAUGUUCUGAUCACUUCCUGUGACCCUCUCCGUAUCUUCAUGUACGAGGAAGGCCUGGCCCGUUUUGCUACCAUGCCGUAUGUGGAACCUAGCCAUAACAACCUGGAGGAGGUCUGCAUGCACCUGACCAACUAUGCCAUCAAUAAACACAAUGAGAAUUUUGUCCGAGAUGAUGCUGUGGGCAGUAAGAGGAAGCUGUCGACACUCAAUGCCUGGCUGCGAGAGCACAGCCAUGAUCCCCGAGAGCUGUGGGGGGACAUCGAGGACAUCAUCAUCAAAACCAUCAUCUCAGCCCACUCUGUGCUUCGCCACAACUACCGAACCUGUUUCCCCCAAUAUCUGUGUGGAGGUACAUGCGCCUGCUUUGAGAUCCUGGGGUUUGACAUCUUACUGGACCACAAGCUCAAGCCCUGGCUUCUAGAGGUAAACCACUCCCCAAGCUUCACCACAGACUCCCGCCUGGAUCGAGAGGUGAAAGACGCACUUCUCUGUGAUGCUAUGAACCUUAUCAACCUCCGGGGCUGUGACAAAAAGAAGGUGAUUGAAGAAGAGAAACGUCGAGUCAAAGAGAGGCUUUUUCCGUGCCACCAACAGCCACGAGAAGCCAGGCGAGAACAGCUUGAGUCGUCCCAGGCUGCCAUGCAUGACCAGGAACUUUAUGAAGAUUCCCACCUAGGGGGAUACCGGCGAAUCUACCCAGGGCCUGACUCAGAGAAAUAUGCACCUUUCUUCAAGCACAAUGGCUCCCUCUUCCAGGAGACUGCUGCCUCCAAGGCCAGGGAGGAGUGUGCCAGGCAGCAACUGGAAGAGAUUCGCCUAAAGCAGGAACAGCAGGAGAACCCAGGCACCAAGAAGCGCAAGGAGAACAAGGAGCAGAACCAGGGAGAAUCAGCUGGGGAGAAAAGCCGAUCCAGAGUAGCUACACGGGUCCUUGCCACCAACCUGGCUUACAGGAACCGGAACCAGGAGAAAGAGCUGCUACCAGUACAACUGGACACUAUGCAGCCUCAGGACAUUGUGGAAGAGGAAGAGCUUGAGCGAAUGAAGCUCCUGCUACAAAGAGAGAAUCUCAUCCGAAGCCUGGGCAUUGUAGAGCAGCUCACUCGCAUGCUGUACCCUAGCCACCGGAGCCACAGAAAGCUUCAUGAGUAUCGGCCUAGAUUUCACCAGGACGGGCUGAGCAGUCAAGAACUGCAACCUGUGAAUUUGGUCCCAUUGGUGUUCCUGAGAGGGGCUGCCUCAGAGCAUAUCCCUCCUCAUUUCCUGCAACCACUUCGGCCCCACGAAUUGAUCCCCAGGAUCUUAGGGCCACUAUCAAGCAUGAAUCCCGCAAUUGCACAGCACUCUCGCUACCAUCUUCAGCCCAAGAACUUCAACUGGAUAGGAGAUUCAGCAGCCACUGGCCCCUGUUCAUUGUCAGUGAAGAAAUCUGGGAGGCACUAUUUUUCCAGCUCUAGAGUCAGGCUCACUAGCCAAGGCCAAGCCAGCAGAAGGCUAGAAGCCAUAAACAGAGCCCUGUCAGGAUCAGUGCCACCCACUUUAACCCCAAAGCAGGGUUAUCUUCUGCAACCCGAAAGACAGGAAAAUGGCUCAUGGACUGAAUGCUGUAACUUGCCCUGCAUGGUAAACUCUGAACACAGAGGAACCAAGGCUGGGGAUCUCACCCUAUGCCCUGCCUCUGCACCAGUACUGCAGCAUUCCAGCCCACUCCUCAACAUCAUCCAACACAGGUAAAAGAAGGAAAGCCCAGCAAUCAACCAAAGAGUAAAUGGUCUUCAAUCUUUGCUAAUUGAAAGACUGCCAUCAAGUUCCCGUUUGAAAAGCUCUGGCCAGGACCUUUGUUUGCAAAAGGCAAAACACGGAGACACCGAGAAUUCUUCAACAUUCUAAGAUUCUUUGGGGAUCGGUAAAGAUGAAGAGCUAAGGCCAGCUUGUUUGCAUCUCUGCUCAUCAAGCCUUAGACUGAGUUUAUCCCUAAGCGAUGCGUCUGAACCCUGGGUGUGGCUUGGGGCUGGAGGUCACUGGGCAACAAGGAGUUCCUUUCCCAGAGGAGUCAAAAGCCCAAGGUAUGGUGUAGUCGCCAUCAGAAGAUGGAUGAGGGUUCGCCCUUCCUGCCACAGUGGCAGAAUCAGGCAGGCCUGGGCAGCCUGUGCCAGAGGGGCGGCUCUGGGCAACCGAACCCGUCUUUUUAUUAAAGUUUAUGUCGUUUUCCAGG